AUGAGAUGUCCAUCACAAGAUUAUUUUUUCAGAAAACUGAACAACAAUGAUAUUAUAAAAAGGGACUGGUUGAUAUUUUCCGAAUCUACUGGCAAGUUUUUUUGUUAUAAAUGUAUUUUGUUCAAAUCGGACCUACCUGGAAAUCCAAACCUGUGUAACCAAUUCCUUACAGGCUUUAAUGACUGGAAAAACGCACAUUCGAGAAUUUCAAGUCAUGAAGUGUCAAAAGAACAUUUUGCAUCUAUUUCUGCUUUAGUGAACUACCAACAAACUAGAAAAAUUGAUGAGACGUUUGAUAUUGUCAAGGAAAAAGAAAGCACAUAUUGGACAACGGUUUUAAGAAGAGUAGUGGAAGUAAUUAAGUUUUUGGCCGAAAGGGGACUAGCGUUUAGAGGCGAUAAUGAAAUACAUGGUGAUCCUAGUAAUGGCAAUUUUCUUGGGUGUAUCGAUCUCUUAGCCAAAUUUGAUCCGUUUCUAGAAGAACAUGUAAGAAGAUACGGUAAUCCAGGCCGCGGAAAAGUAUCAUAUUUAUCCUCCACAACGUAUGAAGAACUAAUAAUUUUACUGGGGUCAAAAGUAUUGGAAAAAAUAGUUACAGAAAUCAAAGAAGCCAAGUAUUAUGGAAUCACUGUGGAUUCUACACCUGACGUUAGCCAUACGGAUCAACUCUCCAUAGUUAUUAGAUAUGUCUCAAAAACUGGAGAUAUAUAUGAAAGAUUUUUGAUGUUUGUUAAAAUAGAAAAACAUGAUGCCAAGUAUCUUUUUUGA